CUCCUCCGGGCCGCUCCGAGGCGGAGAUUCACAGCGCUGUCCUCUCCCGCACAGUCAGUAGUGUGUCGAGCUCUGUCGACACGGCGCAACCAAAGCGAGCUACCGCUGCAACGACGUUUAAAAGCAACUUACGGUGUAUGAAGGAGCUUUCUUUUACAGACCGGGACGCGUUAGAAAAGUUCCUAAAGCGAACGUUUUAUCCAGUUUUCCCUUUUUUAUUUAUUUUUCCUGGAGAUGUGCCGCUUGGAGAAUUAGGAAGCGGGCAUCGCUGCACACCGAAGCCGGGAUGAGUGGGAGCUCGGCGGUCUCCGGCGCGGCGCCCUGCCGCUUCGCUCACUACUUUGUUAUUUGCGGGAUAGACACAGAAACUGGACUGGAACCGGACGAAUUAGCAGCUUUGUACCAGUGGCUAGAAGCAGACCGCCAAGGCAGGGAUCCUGAUACUGCAGCCAGAGGUGAAAACUUUGAGCAGAGCCCUCUGAAAAGGACGUUCAAGUCCAAAGUUCUGGCACGCUACCCUGAGAACGUGGAGUGGAACCCCUUUGACCAGGAUGCUGUCAACAUGCUCUGUAUGCCUAAAGGCCUGUCGUUCAGGACGCAGACAGACCAGCGUGAGCCACAGUUCCACUCCUUCAUCAUCACAAAGGAGGAUGGCUCCCGGACCUACGGCUUUGUUCACACCUUUUACGAGGAGGUGACCAGCCCACAGAUCUGCUCUGCCAUGCAGACCCUCUACCAGAUGCACAAUGCAGAGCACGCCUCCACCAACCCCCCUUCCUCCUCCUCCUCCUCCUCUUCCUCCUCCUCCUCCUCCAGCAUGGACUCUCUGGCCAGCAGUUUAGACGAGGCUGACUCUCCCGCCUCUUCAUCCUCCUCGUCUCGCAGGGCGGGUGGCUAUGACUCAUCGCGGGACACCCUCUAUGUUUCCAAGGCCUUGUGUCUCAUCACACCUAUGCCCUUCAUGCAUGCAUGCCGCAGCUUCCUGUUGCAGCUGCACAGGGCUGUUACUGCAGCCACGGCUCCCCCGCUGCCACUAGAAAGCUACGUUCACAACAUCCUGUACGAGGUGCCUCUGCCCGCGCCGGGACGCUCGCUCAAGUUCCAUGGCGUAUACGAGCCCGUCGUUUGCCAGAGGCCUGGGCCCGGUGAGCUGCCACUGGCUGACUUUCCUCUCGCUGAGGCCUUCAGGCUGCUAGGAGUGGAGAACCUGGUUCAGGUGUUCACCUGCACCCUGCUCGAGAUGCAGAUCCUCCUCUACUCACAGGACUACCAGCGGUUGAUGACGGUGGCCGAGGGCAUCACCACCCUGCUGUUUCCCUUCCAGUGGCAACACGUCUAUGUUCCCAUCUUGCCCGCCUCUCUUUUGCACUUCCUGGACGCUCCUGUUCCCUACCUGAUGGGUCUACAGUCCAAAGAGGGCACCGACCGUUCCAAACUUGAGCUUCCUCAGGAGGCCAACCUGUGUUUUGUUGACAUUGACAACCAGUACAUCGAGCUUCCAGAGGACUUUCCCCACUUCCCCAACAAGACCGAGUUCAUCCAGGAGCUCAGUGAGGUGUUGCUUAGCUUUGGCGUUCCUGCCAAUACAGGCGCCCCGCCACGGACCCGCACCAGUCCCAGCAGCACACCCUCCACCCCCGGGAGCGAGCGUAAGACUGUUGCCCUCCGGCAGCUCGAGGACGACGGCCGUAAUGGUAACCUGGCAGGGGAGGAGCUGGCCGUGCUGGAGCUGCUGCAGGGUAACGCCACCCUGGAGAGACUGCAGGCACUGACCAAACGCACCGGAGUGACUGUAGCCCGCGUGGAAGCCCUAAGGGCAGGAGUCAAAGCUCAGAGCACUGAAGGGCAAGGGAGCCGGACAGCAGCUGAAGAGGAGGAGCUAAAGAACGCCAAGCUGAACGUCCAGCUGCGGGAGGUGUUCGCCAGCCGCUUCACCACCAUGUUUGCUGACUAUGAAGCCUUUGUCAUCCAGAGCGCCCCAGACCUUGAGUCCUGGCUCACCAACAGGGAGCAGAUGCACAACUUUGAUAAGGCUUCGUUCCUGUCCGACCAGCCGGAGCCCUACCUGCCCUUCCUCUCCCACUUCAUCGAGACGCAAAUGUUUGCCACUUUCAUCGACAACAAAAUCAUGUCCCAGUGGGAGGAGAAGGAGCCUCUGCUUCGCGUCUUUGAUACUCGCAUCGACAAGGCCCGCCUUUACAACGUCCGCGCUCCCAGCCUCCGAUCAUCCAGCUACCAGAGGUGCUCCAUCCUCAAGGAGUCUGCUCAGGCCAUUGAGCAGCGGCUGAUGAAGAUCGACCACACCGCCAUCCACCCACAUCUGCUGGACAUGAAGAUCGGUCAGGGCAAAUACGAACAGGGAUUCUUCCCCAAGCUGCAGGCCGACGUGCUCAACACGGGGCCGACCAAUAACAAGUGGUCUCACAGGACGGCGACGGCUCAGCGAAGGAAAGACCGUCACAGACAACAAACGGAGCAUCUAAACCUCGACAACGACCUGAAAGAGAAGUACAUGCAGGAGGCCCGCGGCCUGGGGAAGAACCUUCGACAGCCCAAACUGUCUGAUCUGUCUCCCGCCGUCAUCGCCCAGACCAACUGGAAGUUUGUGGAGGGGCUCCUCAAAGAGUGUCGCAUGAAGACCAAGCGCAUGCUGGUGGAGAAGAUGGGCCGGGAGGCUGUGGAGCUGGGCCACGGCGAGGCCAACAUCACCGGACUGGAGGAGAACACUCUGAUUGCCAGCCUGUGUGACCUGCUGGAGAGGAUCUGGAGCCACGGGCUACAAGUCAAACAGGGAAAGUCGGCCCUGUGGUCCCACCUGCUGCACUACCAGGCCCGAGAGGAGAAGCUGGUGCAGCAGCAGGCGGAGUCACCAGUGUCACAUGUUCCCGAGAGGAGAAAGUCUGAUUGUUCCAUAGCAUUGCCGUCUCUUCGUGUGUCUGUCAUACAGGAUAUGAGGCAUAUCCAGAGCAUGUCAGAGAUAAAGACAGAUGUGGGACGAGCCAGAGCUUGGAUCCGUCUGUCCCUGGAGAAGAAGGUGCUCUCUCAGCACCUCAAACAGCUGCUGUCCCGACAAGCCUUAACCAAGAAGCUGUACAAGCGUUACGCCUUCCUGCGCUGUGAGGAGGAGAAGGAGCAGUUCCUGUUCCACCUGCUUUCUCUCAAUGCUGUCGACUACUUCUGUUUCACCAGUGUCUUCACCACCAUCAUGAUCCCAUACAGAGUCGUCAUCAUCCCCAUCAAGAAGCUGAGCAAUGCCAUGACCACCUCCAACCCCUGGGUGUGUGUGUCAGGAGAGCUGGGAGACUCGGGCAUCAUGCAGAUACCCAAGAACGUCCUGGAGAUGACCUUCGAUUCUGCUUUCAGGCCUCACACGCACAUCUCCGCCUUGUUCAAGUGUCAGAACCUGGGGAAACUAACCACCGUGCAGCUGGGUCAUGAUAACGCUGGGCUCCUGGCUAAAUGGCUGGUGGACUGUGUCAUGGUGCGCAAUGAGAUUACAGGACACACCUACAGGUUCCCAUGCGGCCGGUGGCUUGGUAAGGGCGUGGACGACGGUAGCCUGGAGAGGGUCCUGAUUGGUGAGCUGGUGGUGCCCAGCGGAGAGGAGGAUUCUGGGAGAGGCUGCCGUACUCCUCCACUGCUGCGUUCGCCAUCACAGAUCAGACGCAUCAGCAUCACAUCUCUGCCUGGACGAGGAUCCAAACCGACUUCGGCUCAGAUUCAAGAGGCCAUCGGGGAAGCCGUGAACAACAUCAUCAAGCACUUCCACAAGCCAGAGAAAGAAAGGGGCAGCCUGACCGUCCUGUUGUGUGGAGAGAACAGCUUGGUUGCAGCUCUGGAACAGUUCUUCCAUAAUGGCUUCAAGUCUGCUCGGCUCUUCCAGAAGACUGUGUUUGUGUGGGACUUUGUGGAGAAGGCUGUUGCUUAUAUGGAGUCAGCUGACCAGAUGGGAGACCUUCAGGAGACUGCAGAGCCCCUGGGGAUGACCUGUCAAUCACUCUGUCACUACGUCAACGCAAUCAACUCCACCUCAAGGAACAUCGGCAAGGAUGGGAAGUUCCAGCUGCUGGUCUGCCUCGGAGCCAGAGACCGUCUGUUGCCCCAGUGGCUCCCCCUGCUGGUGGAGUGCCCAGUGAUCUUGCGGAUGUACGAGGACACGGCCCUGCUCAGAGACCGCACUACUGUCAAUGCCCUCAUCGGAGUCCUAGAGACGCUCCAUGACUUUCCCAUCACACUGGAAGCCUCGCUGGUCAAAGGCAUCGACCUUUAGCCUCUGGAGGGACCAGUGAGCUGCUUCUCUGCUCCACAUUCCCCUCACUUAACCCACUCUUCCUAUUUUAACCAAUUAGUUUGGGAUUGGACACACGGAAGAAAGAAGAGAGGGACAACAAAUAAAAACUGAAGAAAGGUUUGGUUACCAAAGCAAAAUAUUCUCUGCUUCAUGUGAGAAGUCAGGAAUUUAGAUGAACCAUGAUCUUGUAUGCAGUAUUAUUGUCCCACCUGUGACUCUAAAAGGCCCACUUUGAUUAAAUUAAGACCAGUGCUUAAUCAUGUUUUACUUCAUUUACUACAAAGCCCAAAUACUUUACAUUACGUUCCAGUUUUCCAGAACAUAGUAUCUGUUUUCACAGUGAUUUCUUGCCCUCCAGGCAGCCGUUGGAUUCACAGUAGUGCACACUGACAUGAAGAUAAAGAUGGUGAAAGACUGUAAAAACAUUGGUGUGGAUCUUUAAAGUUUUAGUAGCAGCAGCAGCAGAGAUUUGCCGGUGUGCUAGCAUGUAGCUUAGCCUUCCUUCAGUAGGUGCAACUAGAUAAACCUUGUUUCCUCUCCUGCAACUGGUGAUUACAGCACCACUGUCCCUACACCCUAGCCAGCAUCAGCAGCAUGCCUGCAGGACGUGGAAAGAACAGUCUCAGGAAAAGACUGAGCAUUUGCUGACACGCUGGAACGAGGAUAAUGAUGGUGAUGGAGUUCUGUUCUGUGACUCACUGGCUCUCAUGUAGUGCAGUGUUGUGGAGUCACCAGCGCUCCAUGCCUCUUUUUCUUUAAUUUGCUGGACUUUUGUCGGUCGUUUUCUUUGCUCUGGGCCUGUGGAUGAAGACAAAAACUGGUGUCGGUGAUGUGGUUCAGAGUCAAGAGCUUAACCUAUGGCUGCAUGGACAUUCCUACCAAACUACAGGCAACGACCUGGCUGUUUUAAAUGCUGUUUAUGUGUGUGUGGGGUUGAAUGUGUGUCAGAUUUCAAGGAUGUAUGUGCUCUGGAGUGUGUGUUUGCCCUCCUUUUAUUUUUCUAUCUUCAUCUUAAGUGAUCUACUGGUUUCUGUAAUGUACUGUAACAUUGCCCGGCUGUCCUUGCGUGAUUGCUUUCUAUACAUUAAUGUGGUAAACACUGGAAUAGAAAUGAUAACAGUAGAGAGUGAAUGAGCCUCUUGGAGUUAGGCCUGCUUAUGGAACAUAUUAAGUGAUUCACAUAUCUAAUUUGAAAUUAUAAUUCACCAUUCAAGUCAUAAGGUAGAGAUACAUAAAACAGUGCUGAACCUUUUCUUAAACAAUACAAGUAGUUGGGGACUUGUUUUAAAAUGUAAAAAACCAAAAAUGGCUCCAUGUAUCCCAUCCAGCGUAGAUUUGAAGAUGUUAUUUAUACCGUUUUGAAAGUGAAACGCUUCACCGUAGCGGCUAAAAGCGUAAAAGUGUCCAUGUGACGUGGGUGCACAAACCUGAACACGUGCAUGUGUGCAUGCUAGAUGAGCUGUGAUGCAAGCUUCUGACUAGCAGCUACACUGAAGAUUUCAAGCUAUAUGGAGCCAUUUAAUGUUUUCUGGUUUUGCUUGUUUGUUUUGUUUUGCUUUUCUUUUACAUUUUAAGACAAUACUAAGAAACUUUCCAGCAAUUUUUCAUCAACAUGGUGUCGAGUGGAUAAUGGCUGAAUUUUUAUUUUUGGGUGAACACUUCCUUUAAUGAAUUUUCAGCAUAAAAUGGUGCAUGAGGCUACAAGGUACCUGCCCAGGCUGUUAAUUCCCAUAUUACAUGAAUGCAACACGACCUCAGUGAGACCUAAGAGGAAUGAAUGAGCUCUUACUGGUCAUUUGUUAUUAAAGAAUUUCAUUCAGCCUCCAACUCUUCCAAACACACACAAACUGCAUAGUUUUUGUACUUUAGCGGCAGCCAAAAUAGAUGGAUGGAAACUCUGCUAACUAUUUUCCUUCAUGUGGAUUUUCAUAUCCCGUUACACUUUUUCUGCAUGAGAGAUUUUGCCACAGAUGCCACUUAACCGUUGUCUAAAUGAAUCCUUUCUGAGAAAUGGUUUAAAUAUUGUCAUUAGUGCAUGUUGACAUUUAGACUGAGAUGUAUUUAUUGUGACCUUCUAUAAUGAAUUCUAGAUGAGUUGCAAGGGGAAGAAAAGCUGAUGUCUUCGCAUCCCAAGUUCUUGGUAGUAUUUUUGCUGUUUCAAUUAUGGCAUCUGUGAAUGACACAGCCUGUCAUGCUUUAUUUUGAAUGUCUUGAUUUUAUGUAUUUAUUAAUUUAGUAUUAAUAAGUGGCAGGCUGACAGCACCACUGGGAUUUUAAGGUUGAUGAAGCCUGUGGAAUAACUGGAAACAUUCAUGUCUUUAAAACAGUAACCACUAUUUCCAUUCACUGUGUUUUUAAUCAUGUUUUAACCCCGUGUGCUCCUGCUGCCGUGCCCCUGAUGCCUCACCUACAGGAUUAUCCACAGCUCCAAAGCACAACAGCAAGAUUCUUCUGUCUCAUCCUGGAUUUUUUUGUGUACAAACUCUUUGCUGAUGGCUACAGGGCAGACUUCUGGACGGGAGAUACGCUUUGUUGACGAUUGAGAUACCUCCUUGGACUACUGCACACUUUGCUUACAGGGUGGAUUUGUUAAAUGAACACAUCGUGUGACAAUUGGUAUUAACCCCUGAGUGGAUUUGUUCAGACAGGAAACAGGAAAUGCCACGACAGCGGCUGCUCUACAUCCUGCUAAUGGCAAGAAUGCCACCGGACAUAUGGAGUUUCAUGUCUGUUUUGGACUGACUACUCUGUUCUGAUAUUUAUUAUGCCCGUUUCAUUAAAAACACCCACUGUGUUAAAGGUU